AUGUGUAGCAGUAUGGGAAAACCAACUCUUUUCUUUGAGCUCGCACUUAUCAUGUUCCUCCUAAAAAGAAUCAAUGCGACAGACAGAGUUUUAACUUGCGGAUUCAUCAAUGGUCUUACAGCUGAGUUUGACGCAGUAAACUCAGUCUUCAGUCAUGUCUCUAGCUCGGGAAUUAUUUCGGUGGUAUUGAAAGAAUUCAACAAUUCAGAGGCUGUGAACCUAUUCAGCCACGCUUCAAACGUCAUUGCGCUUAUCGAGGGAAGUGCAGCGACGACACCCACUUGCGCACUCUCAACGGUGACAGGCAUUCCUCUUAUCCGUCUCCAUGGUAACAACAGACGUUUAAACCAAUGUGACCAGGCAAUCUUGAUGUCAGCAGGAUAUAAAGACUAUGCCCAUGCCACAAUUGAUAUACUGAACACCUUCGCAUGGAAAAAUAUUGUGGUGGUCUAUGAAGAAAGUCGAGUGCACGAGGCUGGCUAUUUACACGCCGUAUCGCAGAAAUCACAACUGAAGUUUGAUUUAGUUCAGUUUUCUGAACACGGAAAAAUUGAGGAACGAACAGAACCAGCAGACAGAGCGAUGGAACAAGUACAGAAAUUUGAUGCUCAAGUUAUUGUUCUUUACAUGGAAAACAAAAACAUUAAGCUGAUGCUGCAAAAGGAACUGGUUGCUGUUGGUUACGACGCAGUCCAGAUUAUCCAAAAAGCAGGAAACUCAGAGCCUUGUUUGUCUAUCAAUGGGUCCGUAUUUGGCUCCAAAGAUGCGAACGCAAUGUUAACAUGCAUAAGAAAGGUCAUUCUUCAUGGUGUGACAGGACUUCUUCAAUUUAAUGAGAAUGGUGAAAGGGUGGGAGUUCAACUGGAAAUCUUAAAUCUGCGUAACAAUUCCUUCAAGAAGGACGCUCCAUUCGCUAUGAAAAGGAGAAAGGAAGAUGGCGAAGUUUUCUACGAAGGGUACUGUAUUGAUCUUCUAAUUGAGCUUGCAGGAAAACUGAAAUUUACCUAUGAGCUUUACACUUCCCCUGACGGGAAGUAUGGAGCUGAAAAUGAGAACGGAACUUGGAAUGGAGUCAUCAAUGAGAUUUUAAAUGAGCGAGCGGAUAUGGCGAUUCCCGCACUCACUAUAACUGAAAGGCGAGAGAAAGUCGUGGAUUUCAGCUUCCCCUUUAUGCACUUCACUACAGAUAUAUUAUUGAGGAAGCCAUCGUUCAAAGAAAAAAUUGACCUUUCGCAGUUUAUGGCUCCGUUUGAUAAUCAAGUUUGGUUCGCUACCUCGGCCACCUUGAUAAUCAUCUCCGUUGCUGUGUUUGUAUUAAACUUCUACAGUCCUUAUGGAUAUAAAGAUGAUAAUGACCGAGGCACAUCAAAAGAGUUCAGCUUCUUCAACAGUGUGUGGUUUGCUUUAGCUUGUAUGCUGCAACAGGGGGGAGAUAAUACACCAAAGAGCCUAUCAGGUCGGAUACUUGUUGGUUGUUAUUGGUUCUGCAUAUUGAUCUGGGUCUCGACGUACACUGCCAACCUGGCAGCUUUUUUCACUGUAAAAAAGGCCGAGCAUCCAAUAAAUAACAUUGAAGACCUUGUGAAAUCGUCUUAUUCGGUAGCAGUGCUUGAUUCAUCUAGUACCUCAGAGUGCUUAAAGCUCAGUGGCUACGAAACGCACAAAAAGAUCUGGCGAAAAAUAGAAUCGGAAGGUACUCUUGCUGAUAAUGUAACACAGGGUGUUGAGUGGGUGAGAGAAAAAGAGGAUUUUGCGCUCAUAACCGAGGGGCCGUUACUCAAAGAAAUUGCUGGCAAGCCACCGUGCGAUUUAACAGUUGUACCAGGUUUCAGCAUGACUAAAGGACACGCACUGGCCUUUCACGCCAACGAUCCCCAUGUGAAUGAAUUCAGUCUUGCUAUUUUGCGUUUACAAGAAAACGAUUUCCUCGCUAACUUGAAACGGAUAUGGUGGGGAAGCAGAAACGACUGUCCAGUUGAAGAAGAAACAUGUUUUAUCUACUUUGGCUUACGAGACUUCCGCCUAACCGUUCUAUAA